AUGGCUCAGAUUUCCAUCCAGAUGACUGGCAUGUACGACUACAUGGGGCAAAUGACCAUCCUGAUGAGCACACUGCAGGUGACUGUGAAUGAGAUGCGAGAUGAGUUUCGAUCUUUCAGUGGAAGAUACAUGUAUGUCACCGUAACUUCCGACUACCAUAAUGCUAGCAACACCAAUGAAGAAAAUGUGGAGGGACAGGAGUAG